AUGGAUUCGCCGUCGAGCUCCCGGUCAAGCCCAUCGAAGGCGCUCAAUCCCCUAUCGCCAGAGCGCAUGAAUCAGCAAACGAUACCGAACUCACCCUCAACUGUGUCCGAGACCCUGCGCAUGCAACGUAAGAGUCAACGAGGUCUUUCCGACGUACAAGCUAGAGUCGCAUAUCUUAAUAAUCUGUCUCGCGGCGGUAGUCCGGUUGGCACUUCGGGAUCAACUUCGACAGGAGGAGCAGCGGCACUUCAACGAGCUAUACUUGGACGUGAGGAAGCCGAGUCAGCCUUAGCACGCGUCUCUUCGCAGCUUUCAGAGGCCCAGUCUCGAGAACUCCGCAUCAGCGAAAGACUUGAAUCACUGUUAGAAGAAUUACAGAAUGCCAAAGAACGCCAAGCCCACGAAAGACUGGUGUUUGAGAAAGAAAUUCGGAAGGCUCGCAAAGAAGCCUUUCGCGCUGGCUCCGCACUUGUGAAAACGCAGGAGGAACUAAAGCACAUGAGAGCGGAGGCGAAGGGACUAAGUCAGGAAGUCCAGUCUGAGCGAGAAGCAAAAGAAAAGGCCAAACAGGAAGCUUUUGAACGCGCCUACGCAAUUGCAGGUCUGACAGAGGAGCUCGAGGAGAUCAAGGGCAAAUUACGAGCGGCAGAAGCAAAGAAUCAAGCGAUUACCCUUCAACACGCACGAGCUCGAGAGAUCAGAAAGCAGGAAGUCACCAGAAUGUCCCUGGCAGAGGGAGAUCUCGCCUUGUUGAUGACGCCAAGCCCUCGAAAGCCUAAGCGACCUUCUGAUGCCCUAGGUGAUGACCUUGCACAGGGACCUACACAGGAGUCUGCAAAGCUUAGCCCUCCCGCCCACCAGGAUACACCCCCAAAGAAGCUAGUAAAGCUAUCUGACCCCUUAUCUCCGCGAUAUCCACAUCAGUUUGAAGAGAACCCCCCUCUGACAGUACAGGAGCUUGUUGAUCGAUUGCAAAUGGAGCUUAGGUGGGAAAGAAACGAGAGAAUCAACGCAGAGAAAGACGUCGAAUUUAUGCAGCUUCAAUGCAUGUUCAAGAUGUGCGCCUGUCGCGAGUUAGAGAACCUGGAGAACGAAGCUCAGGCAAGGAAACAAGAAAGGACAGCUCAGAAGCAGGGAGCUGAGGAAACGAUGAAGGAUUGUGGGAUUCCCGAAGAGGAUUCUCAUCAACAAUUGAACGGCGAGCCUACCAGAAUAGAACCUAGAGAUAAGGAGGACCGGCAAGAACAGGUUCGGAUGCAAACGCAAGAACGGGAUUCCCUGGAAGAAACUCAGCAACAGGAUGUGCAGGAAGAACCCCAAGAGAGCGAAUCCCAAGAAGAAGAGAUCACGGAAGAACAAACCCGGGAAGACGAAUUCAUGGACGAAGUACAAGAAGAAGUCGGUGAACCACUCAUCACAUUCUCACCUGUUACGGGUACUUUCCGAACAGUGCCUUCACCAAUUCGAUCGCCGCACAAGCAACUUCAAAACUCCAACCUUCAUGAAUUACGAACUUCACCUAUAAAAAUCCAAACCAUACCGGAAGCCCACUCCUCUUCCGCCAGCCCUGGCCAGAAAGAUUUGACUCCAGAAGCUCACCCUUCUCCAGUGGCCUCUCAAGCGCAGCGGCAGACAGAAUACGAGAAUGUGCAUCAAAAUCACGUCGAUCAUGUGAAUGAAAUCCACAAUGUCAAGCGAAUUCCCCUGCGCAGUGGCGAUGAAGCCUCGAGUUUGUCCGUUAUUGCUCCGGGCACUCCCAUUAGUCGGGAACAAGCAUUGGCCCAGAUCAGAGCUCGACGAGGUCGAACUAGCGAAAUGAAGAGGUCCGUUAGCGCUAGCGACGCUGGCUUCCGCGCGGGCGGGCUGAACGUCACUCCGGCGCGGUUGGCGCGGAGGAUUCCCGGUGUUCAGCACGCUACAGAUCCGCGAGGUGACGGUGUCAAGAAGAGUCGCAGAGACAUGAGUGCUCCAAUGAGGGUGUUACGAUAA